CGUUUGCGACUGCUAUGACCCAGCCGUCGGAACAGUCACAAUUUACCUCACUUGGCCGGCUUUCAGACGACUUAGAUCUGACAGUGGGGAGACGCAGAGGGCGCAGGAUAUCCUCGAGCUCCGUCGUGACUACUAAAACCACCCAGUCUGAGGACAGCGAAGAUGUACACAAUGCGGCGACAAUUGACGAUACACAGAGACGGAGGGCUGCUUCGAAAGUGAGUUUCCUGGGUCAGGCAGCUGGCGGGUCAAGUCCGCACGCAGGAUCAUUACGGAGGCAUUCCCAAGUGUACGGCUCCCCUUCCAGUAGCAGACCUGUCCACAAACGAACCACGUCUACCGGUUCGUAUCGCAGUCUUGGGACGAGUUCGGUCGGUAUCACCGAAGAGAACAACGUACCUCCUGUAACCCCUGCGCCGUUAUCGCGGUUGUUACCUGAUAAUUCUCAAUGCAGUCUGGAGAAGAUUGUGUCCUCUCGGCUUGUCGAAACCUUCAUUACCAUUACUGUUCCCCCAUCCUAUGCAGAGUCCAGUGUCGGCAGUGCGCCGUCUUCGCUGCGUCAUGUCAAAUCAACGGAUCUCGCAUCUGCCUCUAGGCCUGUGUCUCCGGCUUUGGGCACUCAUAACACAAAGGGCACGGUUUCCGCACCCAAGCAUAAGCGCGGUUCCUCAGCAAGUAGUGUUAGCCCUCAGCAUAUGAGCCGUACUAGGCCCACGUCCUCGUCACUCCGGUCGUCUUCCUCAGAGUCCAGUCCUCCCAGCCCGACACGGAGCCAGGCUAUGCCAUCCCAUUCGCGUACCAAGUCAAGUCAGGUUGGCUCUCGUUUGCGAAGUGAUGGCUCUGGCAACAACGCUACCGCUCCUCAGGCUUUCCCGUCCGCAGGAGCCGCUGCACAUUCAAUCAGGGUCCCUGACUAUAUUUCUCCCAUCCACAGACCAUCCACCAACCCGUACUUUUCUCUUGAUCCGGCAUCGGGGCACGACUUUCCUGCAUGGACUGAUUUGAAUGCCCAAGACAUAAAAGUCGAAUUAUGGGGCAAGGUAGGCCGCGGCUGGGGUACGGACAAGUUAUCGAAUGGAAAGGGUAAGGAGAAGGCGAUUGAUUCGUGCAUUCAUUCCGACGAGAGUACGACUUGGCAUGUCCUAGAGAAGUGGGACGUCAAAUUCACUGACCUUACGCCUUGUACUGAAGACCUCGCUUCCCACUCGUCGCAUAUUGCCUUCAACACGCUGACAAUCACAUUCACCCCCUUCGGGCGUACCUACUACGUACCGCGUCGAUCCUUACCUCCAAACAGUCCUCGCCCUCCUUCCCCAUCUGGCGGCUACAACUCCGAUCUGGAGCAGCCAUCGGUCACGACGUUAGGCAGCGCUGGAGACAUCAUCGUUCCAGCAUCCACAUCUGGACUGGACGAUGCCAGGGCUCGGGCAUCGAGUAUACGAGGGGAUCAGAAUACUGCUCAGGUUACAAGAUCCAAGAGACAUCCUGAAAGCUCAAAGACGGCAAGUUGGCAGGACCUUGUCAGACUGGUCACGCUGCAGGCAUGUAUAUUAGAUACCAAGCAGUCGCUUUCCCAGAUUCUACAGAACGUCGACAACCUGGUUAACGACGGGUUAAACGAUCUGAAACGCGAAGUGUCGGAACGACAAGCAUGGGUGGAUCAGCUUCAUUCUGAGAUCAAGGAGGUCGAAGGGACGUCGAACGACUUCAGGACGCGGAUCCGGUCCCGAGCGGAGGAUCUUCGCCGACGGCGUGACGUUCUCCGGCAAGCGCGGGAAGAGCUCCAACUGGAUAUAUUCGGUGAGCACGAGAUAGACGAAGAGUUGGAAGACAUGCGUGAGCAGUUGUCCUCCCUCCGUAGUAAUUUCUCUCCCGUGCGCACAACGCUGGUGGCCACUCUUGCCAGUAUCUUCCCCAUCGAGCUACUCUCUACUACACCCGAUUUACUCUACACCAUCCUUGAUGUGCCACUACCUAUACCCUCAGGCUCGACAGACCCUGCGCCACCUCUGUCGGUCCCCUCUCGCAAAGACAUCAAUGAAGAUACGGUAGCUACCGCUCUGGGAUAUGCGGCCCAGGUAGUCCAGUUGCUGGCAGCGUACAUGGGGAUAAGGCUCGUGUAUCCUGUGACGUGCAUAGGAAGUAGGAGCCUUGUCAGAGAUGGUAUCUCGACCAUGGUGGGGCCCAGGAUGUUCCCCCUCUACUCUAAGGGAGUCGACACCUAUAGAUUCGAGUAUGGUGUAUACUUACUAAAUAAAGACAUAGAAAUGUUAAUGACCGAGCGAGAACUGCGUGCUGCUGAUACACGCUAUACCCUCCCUAACCUAAAUAACUUGUUGCUCACUCUUAGCGCUGGAGAUGGUGUACACUUACCCAUACCCGUCCCCGAAGAUUCUCAGCCUUCUUCACGUGCAGAAUCGCCUUUGCCAGCUAUCGACUCAUCUUCUACUAUCGUAGCCGGCGACCAUCAAGUUGCGGGCGAGACAACCCCUCCGGUUAGCGGGAGUACAACCCCCACGGCUGCUAGCGCUGACAACAGUGCCUUCUCGAGAAUGUCACGCCCUUUCUUCUCCCUUUCACCUUUCGGGCUUCUUCGGUCUUCAAGCUCGGAUAGGCCGUCCACGAAGCCGUCCAAGUCGAAUGCCCCUGAACCACCUCAAGAUGCAGAGCGCAACGGUGAUGCUCGGCAUCCGCAGUCAGAGCAGACUGUUGACGAGGAAGAGGACCGACGCACGAUUCGCGGGGUAUCUUUGCACGGCGACGAAACCAAGUCGCUCGUGAAUGAUAAUUCUGGAAGCGGCGCUGUUCCACAGCCAGAGAAGGCGACUGAUGGCAGUGGGCCGGACGUAGCUGCCCCGACGACUAAUAUUGUCGCGCCUAUCGUAUAGCCCACUUAUCUGUCUGUGCUUCUUCUAAUUAAAGAGGUGCCUGGGGUGUGUUUCUUUCAGCCAAGCGGCGGAGACCUCGCAU